AUGAUGACGCCCAAAGUGGAGAUGAUCGGUUCCAACAAAACGAUACGCAACGACCCUAUGCUUAUCCUCGACCUGGUUAUAUUGGUCAUGGAACGAUUAAGCUUUGUUGAUUUUCAUAGAGCUAGAUGCGUUUCUUCAGUAUGGUAUUCCGCUUCAAAAUCAUGCCGCAUGAGACAAGCAAACCCAUGGCUCAUCCUCUUUCCUGCAGACGUACUUCACUUACCUCUGGAAAGCAUCGACGAUUCAUGUAAGUUGUUCGAUCCUAUUGACCACAAAACAUACACCGUAAGAGAUCUCGGUUCUGAUAUCCUUAGGACUUCUUGUUUGGCAAGUUACAAUAGCUGGUUCCUCAUGUUAGACCGUAAAACCCGUUUUUAUCUUUUGAAUAUGCUCACUCGAGAGAGGAUUCAUCUCCCGUUUCUUGAUUCAAUGGAAUCAACCGACGGAUCAAAGUUGAAAUUCAAGAGAAAUUUUGACUCUAGUUUCACGGUUACAACAUUCCGUUACAAUAACGUACCAUUAUUAUCAACGUGCUUUGGAAUAGACGCUGCCGUUUUGUGGGUAGAUGAAAGAAACAAAGAUUAUCUAGUUGUGUGGGCUUUUGAUCGCACUCUUGCAUAUCACAAGAAAGGAGACGAUAGCUGGAGGGUGUUUCGGUCAUCAACGAAUCAAAGCUGCGUCGAUAUGGUUUUUAAAGAAAGCAAGCUUUACGUGCUUGUUGAAGACGGAAGCAUCACUACUUUUGAUUUCUCUUGCGGUGAUUCUCCUAUGGAAUUUGCAAGUUUCACCACGUCACCCGAGUGUUGUGACUUCGAACAUCUUGCUGUGACUUUGUCUGGACAAGUUUUGGCUAUUUCAAGUGAGGAGAGACACUCAUAUGACAUGUACAAGAUGGAUCCUAAAUCAUCAAAAUGGAGUAUAAUCAAGUCUCUAGGGGACGAAGCAUUGCUUUUGGAUCAACGAAUAACGGUUCCAGCCAAAGAUGGAGUUUUGAAAAAUUGCUUAUAUUGUAGUUAUAAUGAUCAGUUUCGUAGAGACGAUGACUAUAACCUACGGGAGGAUGAUAACGGCAUUUGCGUCGUCAAUAUUCAGAACAAUAAUGAAGUUCAAUUUUUCAACCAUCUUACUGCUUCGUCGCCACUACCUUUCAAGGAUGCUCGUUGGUUUAUUCCCACUUUUGGUGGAAAAUGA